CAGGAGACUGGGCGUGUGAGGAUGCAGCCGGUUAAGCCCACGGGCCCAGUGGUGAAAUACGAUCAUAUGUUGGCGGACCAGCCCAAUGGAGCAGCAUCUGAAGUUAACAGAGUUGACAAUCUACAAAUACCGAACUACGCUUUUGUGCCAGCGCAACCUGAGGUGGCAUAUCCAGAUAUUCCUUACGCUCCAGGAUACGGCUACGACAACGGCUACCAAUCAAAUGCGUACGAUCUGUAUGGAAACAGCGUCGGAAAUUAUUACGAACCCGACACAUCUUCGUUCAGCUUGUUAUGGAGCCAAGUCCCAGACUCGAGGACACUCGUGAACUACGCAGGGCGAGCUAUCUCCUGGCUCUUCGGCAGCAUUUUCGUGCUUCUCCUCGGCUCCUUCAUGACCAUCGGCGUAUGUUCCUACACUAAUUUGUGCACCAUCGCCUUCCACGGAGUAGGGCCCAUCCACGAAGAGAUGCGCUCUCUCAUCACACCCGAGCGUUUGGAGAACAUCAGUACCGCAGCCACCUUAGUCAAGUCCGCCAUUGACAAAUACCAGAAGAUUCAAAACGUUGACGCCGUGAGGCGAAGACGCGCUAAUACUCAUAAUUGA